GUCGUCGCUUUGUUUUUUCCUGCGAAGGUAAAAAACUUAUUAUUCUAGUUGGUGUUAUAUUCGAUUGAACAUAAAAAUGAGUUUGUGUGUGCCGUGUUCCUAUUAAAUCAAUUUAAAAUGUUCCAAGAAGCAUUUAAGUACUAUAAAGCUAAAAAUCCGCCUCCAGAACUAAACAACGUAAUAGAUUUGAGCAGAGAAGAUGCACUUGGACUAGAUUCCCGGUUGAAGGACAUUUCGAAGACGAUCGUUCCAAACAUCCGUUUUCCGGGCGUGAUAGAUACCAAACUCUGGCGUGCGUUCGAGUUAGUGAAUCGACCUGGAUUGGUCAUCAUCCAAAAUCCUUUUACUGAGCAUGGCCAGCGGUAUUGGAUAGCUCGAAGUGUUUGCGAUUAUCCGAAGUACCCAAAUCGUACUAACCUGCCGGCUUAUGUGAUAGCCAGGUAUUCAUCUCACAGCAGUGAAUCAGAAAAUGAACAGCAAAGUUUCGACUGGUGGAAGACGGGACAAGCUAUCGAGGAGCCACAAGAACGUAUCAAAUUUUUGAAAACUUUAAGGUGGACCACUCUGGGCUAUCACUAUGAUUGGACGAACAAAGUAUAUGACGAAGCAGCCAAGGCACCUUUCCCGACUGAUCUCGCUUGUCUGUGUCGUCAUUUUGCCAAAUCUCUUGGCUUUGACCAAUUUCAACCGGAGGCCGCUAUCGUAAAUUACUACCCAGUGGGAAGUACAUUAGCUGGACACACGGAUCAUUCAGAGAAAAACCUGGAUGCGCCGCUGUUUUCAUUUAGUUUUGGUCAACCAGCCGUCUUUUUAAUUGGCGGUCUUACCAAGGACGAACAACCGGAUGCUUGUUGCUGUCUGUUGCUGCGAAGCGGUGACGUAAUCGUCAUGACACAGGCUAGUCGACUGUGCUAUCAUGCGGUUCCUCGAGUUUUUACAGAUUGCACCGCACAGCAACUGUGGAACGAGAAGCAGCAGCUUGCGAACAACCAGUCAUUAGAGGAACCGGAAGCACAAACUAUCCUGUGCAGUGGUACUAUUUCGGCUGUUGCCGCCACCGCUUGCCACCAAACGACAGGCAAAAACCUUCACUGGAGUGCCUUCGUUGAUUACAUUAGUAAUAGUCGAAUCAACAUCAAUAUUAGACAAGUUUUAAAUGAAGGGGAAAAUCAGCUGUAAAUGAGAGCGGAGCUUCCGGUAUUGUGCCGAAUUAAAAUUUUAAAUUUCG